CUGCUCCUAACUUUGUGGGUGCAGGUGUCCCAAUCCACGGGCUAUUUCGAGCUGCAGCUUAACGCGGUGAAGAAUGUAAACGGAGAAUUGUUGAAUGGGGAAUGUUGUGAUGGCAUGAAAAGUCCCCAGAACCUGAACUGUACCCGGGAUGAAUGUGAUACUUAUGUGAAAGUUUGUUUAAAGGAAUAUCAGGCCAAGAUCACUCCCAUUGGACCUUGCAACUACGGAUCCGGAUCUACCCCAGUUCUCGGUGGAAAUACUUUUUAUUUGAACAGCAACAAAUAUUCUCAUCAGGGCAAAAAUCAUGACGUGGGCAGGAUUGUUAUACCUUUUCAGUUUGCAUGGCCGAGAUCAUUCACGUUAAUAAUAGAAGCUUGGGACUGGGAUAACGAAACAAAAAAUGAUGAAGAGCUGUUAAUAGAGAGAGUGUCGUAUGCUGGUAUGAUCAACCCUGAGGAUCGGUGGAAGACCCUACCAUUUAAGGGGCAUGUAGCUCAUUUUGAAGUGCAAAUAAGAGUGAAAUGUGACGAGAAUUACUACAGCACACGGUGCAAUAAAUUUUGUGGACCUCGUAAUGACUUUGUUGGUCACUACACGUGUGACCAAUAUGGAAACAAAGCCUGCAUGGAAGGUUGGAUGGGAGAAGAAUGUAAACAAGCUGUAUGUAAACAAGGAUGUAAUUUACUCCAUGGGGGUUGCAGUGUACCUGGGGAAUGCAAGUGUCAUUAUGGUUGGCAAGGACAGUUCUGUGAUGAGUGUGUCCGCUACCCAGGCUGUGCUCAUGGGAGCUGUAAAGAACCAUGGCAGUGUAAUUGUGAAACCAACUGGGGUGGUCUGCUGUGUAACAAAGAUUUAAACUACUGUGGAAAUCACCAUCCAUGCUUGAAUGGCGGAACCUGUAUGAACACCGAACCAGAUGAAUAUCACUGUGCUUGCCCAGAUGGUUACUCUGGAAAGAAUUGUGAAAUUGCUGAGCAUGCAUGUGUAUCAAACCCUUGUGCUAAUGGUGGAAGCUGCCAUGAAAUUUCAUCGGGCUUCAAAUGCCAUUGUCCGUCAGGGUGGAGCGGACCAACGUGUGCUGUUGAUAUUGACGAAUGUGAGUCUAACCCUUGUGCUCGUGGAGGGACCUGUGUUGAUCGUGUUAAUGGCUUUGAGUGUAUAUGUCCACAACAGUGGAUUGGAGCAACCUGCCAGCUUGAUGCUAAUGAGUGUGAGGGGAAACCCUGUCUUAAUGCUUACUCUUGCAAAAAUCUCAUUGGUGGAUAUUACUGUGACUGCAUUCCAGGAUGGAAAGGAGUAAAUUGUCAUAUCAAUAUUAAUGACUGUCAUGGACAAUGUGAACAUGGAGGGACUUGUAAGGAUGAAGUGAAUGGUUACCAUUGCUUAUGCCCUCAUGGUUAUCAAGGGAAAAACUGUGAGAUAGAAAUAAAUGAAUGUGCAAGCAAUCCAUGUCAAAAUGGAGGACGCUGUGAGGACCUGGUCAAUGGAUUCCGUUGUCUAUGUCAGCAGGGCUUUGCAGGAGCUUUCUGUGAGAUGGAUAUUGAUUUCUGUGAACCUAACCCUUGCCAGAAUGGGGCUAAAUGCUAUGAUCUAGGAGGAGAUUAUUACUGUGCCUGCUCUGAUGACUACGAUGGAAAGAAUUGUUCUCACCUCAAGGACCACUGCAAGAACAGUUCUUGCAAAGUAAUAGACAGCUGUACAAUAGAAGUAUUCACAAAUGCGACGCAGGAAGGUAUCCGUUUCAUUUCAUCUAAUGUUUGCGGGCCUCAUGGACGGUGCAUUAGUCAGCCAGGAGGGAAUUUUACUUGUGCCUGUGAGAGGGGUUUUACUGGAACGUACUGCCAUGAAAAUAUCAAUGACUGUCUUGGAAAACCUUGCAAGAAUGGCGGGACUUGCAUUGAUGAAGUAGAUUCAUUUAGGUGUUUCUGCCUAAGUGGCUGGGAAGGAGAAUUGUGUGACACAAAUUUUAACGACUGUUCCCCUAAUCCGUGUCACAAUGGAGGCCGAUGUAUUGACUUGGUGAAUGACUUCUAUUGUGAAUGUAAAAAUGGUUGGAAAGGCAAAACUUGCCAUUCACGUGAAUAUCAGUGUGAUGCCAAUACCUGUAGCAAUGGAGGAACAUGUUAUGAUGAUGGAGACACUUUUAGAUGUUCAUGUCCUCCAGAAUGGAAAGGGAGCACUUGCAACAUUGCUAAAAACAGCAGCUGUAUUCCUAACCCUUGCAUGAAUGGGGGAACAUGUGUUGGCAGUGGCGAUUCUUUUUCUUGCAUCUGUAAAGAAGGAUGGGAAGGACGUACAUGCACACAGAAUACCAAUGACUGCAACCCCCAUCCAUGUUACAAUGGAGGCAUCUGUGUAGAUGGUGUGAAUUGGUUUCGAUGUGAAUGUGCUCCCGGGUUUGCUGGUCCUGACUGCAGAAUUAACAUUGAUGAAUGCCAGUCCUCCCCUUGUGCAUACGGUGCCACCUGUAUAGAUGAAAUAAAUGGAUACAGAUGCACCUGUCCUCCUGGAAGAGUUGGCCCUAGAUGCCAAGAAGUGAUUGGUUUUGGAAAAUCUUGCUGGCUUAAAGGAAUGUCAUUUCCUCACGGCAGCAGAUGGGAUCAAGAAUGUAACAACUGCCACUGUUUGGAUGGACAUAUUGACUGCACCAAGGUGUGGUGUGGGGGUAAACCAUGUUUAUUACAAAAACAUCAGGAUCAUGCAAAUAAUUGGUGUCCCAUUGGUCAAGAAUGCCAAGAAAUAAUGUAUAUCAAAUGUUUUCAACCACCUUGUACCAACUGGGGAGAAUGCAGCACAUCAGAGCCUCUGCCUGUCAAUAUCAAGUGUCCGCCUAGUUCUGGAUAUUUAGACAAUAAUUGUGCCAGAAUUACUUUAAUUUUUAAUAGAGACAAGGUACCCCAGGGCACUACCAUUGAAAACAUUUGCUCUGAAAUUCGAUAUUUACCAGCCUCUCGGAGUGUUUCUAGGGACAGGACUUUGAUAGUAUUGUGUGAUCUAUCAUACUCCACAGAGAAUGCAGUGGAAGUUGCUAUUUCUUUUAUCCCACACCAAGAUGAGCAAGAUAACAGUCUAAUACAGAACGCUGCUAAUACAAUAGUAAAUGCAAUCACCAAACGGCAAAACAGCACUGUUAUGCUGGCAGUUACUGAAGUCAAAGUAGAGACCAUAGUUGUUGGGCAUUCAUCAUCAGAUUAUUUGGUUCCAAUACUCUGUGUAGUUUUUAGUAUUGUAUGGCUGACUUGUAUAAUCAUCUGUGUGUGGUGGACUCGAAAGAGAAGAAAAGAGCGAGAGAGAAGUCGCCCACCUAGAGAGGAGAGUACCAACAACCAAUGGGCACCUUUAAAUCCCAUAAGAAAUCCUAUAGACAAACCUUACAGUAACAAAGACAUUCGUUAUGAAUGCAAAAAUUUUAUAUCUCCUCAAAAAAGAACUUGUGAUGCAGUGGAGGAGUAUGUAGAGUAUGAGGAAGAGGAGGAGGAAGAAGAGGAAAGAGAGGUCAUGGAAAUGGACAAAUUCCUCACAAAUAAACUCACAAUGCCUUUGUCAGCAAAGGCAUCUGACACGUCAGAGAGCAGUCCAGUAAAGAGAUCCCAUCAUAUAAGCAAAAUGGACAACAGAUCUGUCAAAAAUGUGAAUGCAUCAAACUUUGAAGGCGGUAGAGGCUAA